UCACUAGUUUCAUCAUAAUUGGAAGAAAACUAUCCAGCUUAGUUACAUACUGAUCACCAUUUUCUCAUUCAGGUAAUUUUAGUGACAGGUUGGCUAACAAACUGAAAGAAUAAAUUGAAAUUCAAAAUUUGAACUGUUAAAAGUUAUAAUGUAUAUGCAGUAAAUAGUCAUUUUGUGUUACCUCUUUGUGUCAUUGUUCAAUGUAUUUGGAUAAUUUGUGAGCAGAAAAACAUUGGUGUUUCAGUUUUGUCAGAAUACUAAAACACUCUAAAUAAUAGUGUUUUGUUCCUAUGGUGAUGAAAUUUCAAUCCCUCCUGCUCAAGAGGCAUCCUAAUAAAUGUCUCAAUACGAGGCACCCGUAGUUUGAACCUCACAUAUCAAAGAGAUUGCACUGCAGGAGGAGCAUCAGGAGAACACUUAUUGGGUAUGCUAUUUAUUUUCUUAUUGUUACAAUAAUGUAAUAUAUUGCUGUUCAAUUUUUCCAAAUUCAAAUAAUAUUUCUAGUUCUUAAGCUUUUACACUGUAAAUGUUCUGUGCAUAAGCCAACAUAUAUUUGUGUUUAAUUUAUUUAUCAGUUAUUGUUCUGCUGUUCCUAUUAAACAUUGCAGUGUAUCUGUAGCUCAAUUAAAUGGAUUAUGCUGUAUACAUAGAUAGACAGACAGAUAGGUAGAUGGCGAAAACACACUUUGAAAUGUGUUUUAGUGUAAAACCUGAAUUACCAGUCACCAUAGGGACAGUUUAAGAUAGGUGGCUGUUUAUCCUGGUCAUUCCCAAAAAUGAAAUUAGCUCUGGGGUUAACUGGCUAGUAACAGCAGGUUGACGGUUAGUUUUGGGGACUUGACGUGAAUAACUAUAUGGUAAUGUGGAUGUACAUUUUAAUGCAAUGGUUAUAGUGAACUUAAAUGCACCUAAUAAUUAAAACUUUAUUAUGAUUCCCAAAAGAACACCAUCACAAAUCAAUAAAUGUUUCUAUUUUGGGGUGAACUGGGUUUUGAUUGGAUUUAGUCUCUGGCACACAGAUGACUAACUGCAUACGUUCUGUUCCUAUGAAGGUUUUGUAUCCAGAGCUGAUCAUGACUACUGAUCCAUGGGUGGGAACCUGGAGACCCCAAAAGCCUCGAAGACCCAUUGGAGCACAGUACUUCGGUCCAGGACCAAAGUAUGGACUCCCUUCUGCAAUAGAGAUACAGGGAUGCGGUAAAAGCCAGAAGGAGACGGAACGGCCCGGAACUGUACGGCCGGGAACGCAUGACCCAACAAAAAACAAAGCCCCUGCUUAUUCUUUCGGUAUUCAACAUGUCAGGUAUAACACUGACAGUUCUCCAGGUCCAAAGUAUUUUGUGUCAUGCAAAAUGACAAGAAUGGGCAAGGAUGUUUCCCCCGCCUAUUCCAUGUGUUUCCGGAGCAAGGAGCCCAAGAAAGCAAAAGCACCUGGUCCAGCAACCUAUUUUCCAGAAAAAGCUACAAAGUGUUCCUAUAAUAUGCCACCUGCUUACACCAUGGGCAGCAAGACAAAACACUUUAAAAUGGACAGUGUGCCAGGGCCAGCUGAUUAUAAAAUACCCACAACGCUGGGAAGAAAUUCACAAGUCAAGUCCUCGGCACCCUGUUAUUCAUUGGGAAUUAAAAGCAAUUUACAUGUUCUGCACGAGGUAGUAUCUCUGAGUAAAGUACUGGUUCAAAAACCUUGCACAGGACAUUAAGGGUUGUUACAA